AUGUCUGGAAAUCUACAGCCAACGAAAGCACAAAUAUUAAAAAAUUUGGAGGCUUUUAAGAACGUGGACACUCCUGAAAAGAAAGAAGAAAUUUUUGUUCAUGAAGUGUACAACAAAAUAUCGACUCACUUUUCGCAGACGAGAUAUAAGCCAUGGCCAUUUGUUCAACAGUUUCUAAGUGAACUCCCAGAUAACUUACUUGGUGUUGAUGUUGGAUGUGGAAAUGGGAAAUAUUUAAGCGUGAAUAAAAAAUUGUAUAUAGUGGGAUCUGAUUAUUCCACAGGUUUGAUUCAGCAAGCUAGAAUGCUGCAUAAGGAUGAAGAAAGCAAUGAUAUUUUGAUUGCAGAUGGUUUGCAACUACCACAUCCUGAUGGUAUAUUUGACUUUGCUCUUUCCAUUGCAGUAAUACAUCACUUUUCGACCAAGGAAAGACGAGAAAACGCCAUUAAAGAGAUCUUAAGAGUCUUGCGGUUUCAUGGUAAGGCAUUGAUAUACUGUUGGGCCUUGGAACAAGAACAUUCUAGAAGAGGGUAUCACGAUGGAAUGGAUCAGGAUGUUUUAGUUCCGUGGGUUUUGAUGAAGAAACAAAAGAAGAAGAAGAAAAAUAAUAUUUCCAGUAUUGAUAAAAAUAAAUCUGAAGCCAGUGAUAAAAAGGACUGCAACACUCAAAAUACAGAGAGUGGAGAUAAUGUUAAACCUGAUACUAAGAUGAGAUAUUAUCAUUUAUAUAAAAAAGGAGAACUCAACGAGGAUUGUGCUGAGGCAGGGGGGAAAGUAGUUAAUAGUGGGUACGAACGAGAUAAUUGGUGGACCAUAGUAGAAAAGAUAAAAUAA